GUCCAGACAAAAAAAAUCGAUUCGAUAUUGGUUCAACACCACACAUUGUAUUUGAGCAUUCAAUCAUGGCUACUACUAUUGAGAUGAUGGACGUUGACACUGCCAAACCGAAGAAUACCAAGUUGCCUAUUACCGUCACCAAAGAAAAUCCGUAUACAUUCGAUCUCGGCCACCUUCUCGCACAAGAUCCUAAUCCGCUCGUGAUAUCCAAAUCAGAAAGUGUUAAUAACAGCCUGAAAGCUGUGGCACGAGAUGGUGCGCAAGUACUGCUCAAUCAACUUCUUACUACAUGCCCUGUAACUUCAAACGCUAAAGAUGGCGUUCUAUUAUCUCUCCCUCCUCCUAAUACAUUACUCCCUCGAUACAAACCCCUACCCAAACCCAAAGAACCGACGAAAUGGGAACUCUUCGCCCGCAAGAAAGGAAUCGGUAAAUACAGCAGCAAACCGGGCGCCGCUCUUGCCGAAAAGGAACGACGCAAGAAACUCGUCUAUGACGAAGCGAGCGGUGAAUGGGUGCCUCGAUGGGGGUUCAAGGGCGCAAACAAGUCUGGCGAAAAUGAUUGGGUUGUGGAAGUUCCUGAUAAGGAAUGGAAGAAUGAGGCUGAAGGGAAGACGAAUGUGCGUACUAUGGGUAGAGCGGAGAGGAAGGAGAGAAUUAAACGGAAUGAGAGGAAGAUGAGGGCGAAUGAACGGAGGAGUAGGAAGUUCGGUGCUUGACCUUUUUUUCCCCUGUUAUGAACAAAAG